UGGACAAAUAUGGAUUAAUAUAUGUUUGUUGGCAUUCAGUAUUAGCUAAAAAAAAAAAUGGAAGCAAAUUCAGUUCAAGAAAUAGCUAAAAUCUGUAAUAAUAAGGAAACCCUAGAAAAAUUUAUGUACAAAAAUGGAUAUCCAGAGUCCAAAACAGAGUGUGUACCAUUAAUGGAGAACGUUAUCAUUGAUUUAUCUCUUCUCUCUUCGUCUUCUUCAUCUCUUCAAGUCGACCAGGAAUUCAGUAAGCUUAGAUCAGCUCUCACUCAAUGGGGUUGUUUUCAGGUCAUAAAUCAUGGGAUGACGAAUGAAUUUCUGGACAAAGUGCGUGAAGUUACAAAGCAGUUUUUUGCACUUCCAUUGGAGGAGAAACAAAACUACUCAAGAGAGAUGAAACAAAAAGACGAAAAAGCGAUCAAUGAUUGGGAUGGUUACGGAAAUGAUCCUGUUGUUUAUCAACACCAAACGCUUGAUUGGAUGGAUCGACUUCUCCUUACGGUUAACCCUGAACAUCAGCGUAAACUUCAGUUUUGGCCUCGCAACCCUCUUCCAUUUAGGGAGAUUAUAGAUGAAUAUGCUUUAAAGGUUAGGACAAUUUUUGAAUUUUUGCUAAAGGCUACAGCUCGUUCCUUGAAUUUGGAAGAAAAUUGCUUCCUAAAAGAACAUGGAGAUCUGGUGACGAUAUUUGCGCGGUUUAAUUAUUACCCACCAUGUCCAAUUCCUGAAAAUGUUCUUGGGCAGAAACCACAUUCGGAUACAGGAACAAUGACAUUGCUUUUACAAGACGAGGUUGAAGGACUUCAAGUGCUUAAAGAUAAUCAAUGGUUUAGGGUGCCUGUUGUUCCUCAAGCUAUAUUUGUCAAUAUUGCAGACAGGUUAGAGAUAAUGAGUAAUGGAAUGGUAAAGAGUGCUGUGCAUAGGGUGGUGACAAACUCGGAAAGAGAGCGCAUCACAGUGGUAAUGUUUUGUUCCCCUGACUAUGAAAGGGAGAUCGGGCCAAUUAUAACUGAUGACAAACCUCCAAUGUACAAAAAAGUGGUGCAUUAUGAAAAUCUUUUCUUUGAAAAUUACCAGUUUGGGAAGAGAGCCCUGGACACUAUCAGGUUUUAGAAUGUCUUAAUUAUGGUUGCCUGUAGGUUGCGUGUUAGAUUAUAUAAUAUAUCUAAGGCGCCUAAAUCAUCUACGUAUGUUUUUGGUUAAGACCUCAGAUAUGUUAUAUAUUCUAACAUUGCCAAGUACUUGUAGAUGUCUGUGUGUUUUACGCUUUUUGUUUUUUUGUUUAAAAGGUUUAAACUAGGAGUAAUAAAUAAGAGUCGUUUGAGGAGAUAAUUAUAUACUCCUUUGUGUUUUCCUCUUGAUCGACAAUUUUAGUUUUGAAGCAGACCUUUUUUAACUUCUUUGAUAAGGGUAUGAUUUGCUGUAGUCUUCCUUUUCGAAUCCUCAUCAGAAGCUUAAAUAGUAAAUCUUAAUGAGUCAAUUUUACGAGGAAAAUCUAAAAUUGACAAUCCUGAAAUUUGUUUGAUUCUACUUUUAGCUUCCAAGGCCAAAUUAAUUGUAUUUUCAAAAGUAUAUGUUGGGCUUUCUUUGGUGACAUAUGGUGGAGAUCUCUAGCAAUUUGCAACAUAUUCCAUGAUAUGUAGGGGAAGUUAUUAAAAUAACACCUGCUUUGAUUCCUUUAGAUUUCACUUCCACAAUUGCCUUUUCUACCUGUCAGCAAAAUUACAUUUAAUUACAAGUCAUGCCCUAUUGAAACCAAAACUCACUUCAUAUUUUCCCUUCCAACUAAAAGGUCAUAAUCAAUUACAUUUCAUUACCCCUUAAUGUUUUUGUAAUGGCUCCUUUGGUAGCAUGUGUAUAUACAAUCAUAUUAAGUGAUAUCAAA